CUUUUUUCAUCAAAAUGGGAAAUGAUGAAAAAGUUAAAGAAGUUGAGGCUGCUUCACAAAGUGAAGAGGAAGAAGAAGAGUAUGUUGUAGAAAAGAUAUUAAAGCACAGGGUCACGAAAAAAGGAAAAACAGAAUAUUAUUUAAAAUGGAAAGGUUUUCCUUCAGAAGAAAAUACAUGGGAACCUGCAGAGAACUUAAAUUGCCCAGAACUAAUAGAACAAUACCAUAAAGACAAAGUUAUUGAGAAAGAUACUAAAAAGAAAUCUAAUAAAAAUGUAGCUGACACACAAAAAACAAAUGGCUUGGACGUAGAAGAAAAAAAGAAACAAUCAUCAAAAAGAAAACAUGCAGAAGAUAGUGUACCUAAAAAGAAAAAGAAAGGUGAAAAACGUGUAACAGGUUUUGACAGAGGAAUGGAAGCUGAUGAUAUAUUAGGCGCAACAGAAACAGCUGGUGAAGUUCACUUCCUAAUAAAAUGGAAAGGUGUUGACGAUGCAGAGUUGGUACCAUCAAAAAUAGCUAAUAUAAAAAUUCCACAGAUGGUCAUUGCAUUUUACGAAGCCAGAUUAACAUGGUCUACAACCAGUAAUAAAAGUUCGGACGAAACGGAAGAAACAGAGGAAGAAGCUCCUUUAAAGAAGGACGAAGCCACGUUAAACAAAGAAGAACAGGCGGCAACUGCUUAACAAGGCCUACGUAACCAACUCUCGCUUUUUAUCCUCAUAUCGAAGACUGACUGUAGAUAUACACAUAUUGUUUCAAAAUAUUAUUGAACAAUUAUUGGCAAAACAGCAAUAAGUUAUUGGAUAGUGUCAACAAAGUCGGCAUAUAGGACUAACGAACAUUUUAGGGUUUUUAACGUAAAUAUUCAUAUUAUCAAACUCUCUCUCUCUGCAUCUUGAAAGUCUACAAACCUCAUCCAGCAACAACAUCACACAACAUUAAAUAUUCUAUUCUCGUUAUUCUUGUUCUUCUUUCCAUGAUGUUUGAUUUUUGAUAUUUUAGUUUAUUUGUGUAAACUUAUUUUUAAUGGAACUUCUGUGUAAAUAAACAGUGCGAGUUUUC